AUGCAGCGGACGCGUCUGGCCGAAGGCGCGCUCUCCAACGAUCCCUUGCACCGCUGGGCGCUCGAGACCGAUCCCAAGGUCAGGGCGAGGAACCGCUAUAUGAACGUGCAGGCCUGGGCCAACCGCCGCAUCCAUCUACACGUGCCUGACGGCGAGUGUGACUUCAUCAACGCGUCCCCGAUUACUUUGAAGGAUACAGUCACGCUGGAGCAGCGGAACUAUAUCGCAACGCAGGGCCCCAAGCUCGGACAUCUCUCGGAUUUUUGGCACAUGGUAUUCCAUGAGAGCAAGGAGGUGGGCGUGAUUGUCAUGCUCACGCAGACCUUUGAAUCGGGGCGGGAGAAGUGCGCCCAGUAUUUCCCCUUGGACACUGAGCAGGCUUCAAUGAACUUCUCGGCAGCGGGCGAGUCCGACCCGUUGGUGGCCAACGAUCCAUCGGCCACAUCCCACACAGAGGCCCCGGGAAAAGUCACAUUGUUGGAGCUGGUCUUUGAUGCCAAGUCGCGGUCCGAAAUCCGCAAGCUGGAGUUGACUCUCGGUUCAGAAUCGAAGAUCGUAUGGCAUUUCCUCUUUGGCGGCUGGGCCGAUUACUCCAAGCCAGAGGGGAGUGACCGCGACGCGCUUCUCGAACUGAUCAGGCUCUCAGCCUCCAAAUCCAGCCCGGAUAACCCGCGGAUCGUGCACUGCAGCGCUGGCGUUGGCCGGACAGGAACCUUCAUUGCGCUCGACCACCUGCUGCGCGAGCUUGAGUCGGGCCAGCUGCUGAAGAUAAUGGACCCGGAGGUAGACCCAGUCUUCGAAACCGUCAACCAAAUGCGCGAACAGCGAAUGAUGAUGGUGUACAAUGAAAUGCAAAUGCAGUUCAUCUACGAGGUCCUCCGUGAGCAGACUGAUCGCAAGCUGGGCAAAGUCCCCAAGCUCCAAGUCAGCAGUGUCUCGGAGGAGCGGUCUCCCAAGGCCGCCAAACUGAGUGAUCAGGCGGAUUAUCUGCCGCCACCCAAACCGGAACUGGAGGAAGUCUCAGAUGGGUUUGUUACUCCGCUCCGGAGCUGGUCUGGCACGCCCCCGGUCUCUGAUAAUGAAUAA